CGGUGAAUAUCAAUUUGAUAAAUUUAUUUGUAGACUAGCAUAAAUCUUAAAAAAACAAUCAAACUUCUAUAAUUAGUUGGUUGGACCAUUUUAAAUUUGAUGCUCUUUGUCGAAUGUAAAAUAGCCAAUCAAACACCUAUAAAGCAUUAGGGUUAUAACAUUUCGCCAAACCAAAACAAAACAAAAAAACUAAGGCCAUGAAACGAAUUUCUCUAUCCCUUCUUCUCUUUCUCCUUCCUCUCUUAGCUUCAUGCACUAAAGAGAAACAGGUGUAUAUUGUUUAUUUUGGAGAACAUAAAGGUGAUAAAGCCUUUCAUGAAAUUGAAGCUCAUCAUCACUCUUAUCUUCAAUCUGUUAAAGAAUCCGAAGAAGAUGCCAAAUCUUCGCUAUUGUAUAGCUACAAGCAUAGCAUCAAUGGCUUCGCGGCUGAGCUAACACUGGACCAAGCCUCUAGACUCAAAGAACUCAAAGGAGUUAUAUCGGUAUUCAAGAGCGAUCCGAGAAAGUAUAAGAUCCAUACGACAAGAUCAUGGGAAUUUGUAGGGUUAAAGGAGGAAGAAGGCGAAGAUUAUCGUAGUGAUGGUGAUGCCCCACGUCACAAAUAUGAUGUGAGUGACCGGUUUCGUGUCGGAAGAAAGUUCUUGAAGAAUGCAAAACACGGCGAUGGGGUCAUAGUUGGUGUUAUCGAUAGUGGGGUGUGGCCAGAAUCAAGGAGUUUCGAUGACAAAGGAAUGGGACCAAUUCCAGAAUCUUGGAAAGGAAUCUGCCAAACCGGUGUUUCCUUCAACUCUUCCCACUGUAAUCGGAAAAUUAUCGGAGCAAGGUACUACGCAAGAGGGUACGAGAGAUAUUACGGACCGUUCAAUGCCGAAGCUAACAAAGACUUCUUGUCUCCACGAGACGCUGAUGGACAUGGUUCCCACACAGCUUCAACCGGCGUUGGUCGCCGAGUAAACGGUGUUUCUGCUCUCGGCGGUAUUGCUAUGGGCACGGCUUCAGGCGGCGCCUCAUUGGCUCGUCUUGCUGUUUACAAAGCUUGUUGGGCGAUUCCAAACACGGAAAAAUACGCCACAAACACUUGUUUUGAUGAAGAUAUGUUGGCUGCGUUUGACGAUGCGAUUGCUGAUGGUGUCAAUGUUAUCAGUAUUUCUAUUGGAGCGGUUGAACCUCAUACGUAUAUGGAGGAUGGAAUCGCGAUAGGAGCGUUACACGCGGUUAAAAGAGAUAUUGUGGUUGCGGCUAGCGCUGGAAAUGAUGGACCGGCGGGGCAAACUCUGUCGAAUCCAGCUCCGUGGAUUAUUACCGUGGGAGCUAGUAGUCUUGAUCGAUUUUUCGUAGGCCGUCUUGAACUUGGUGAUGGCUAUAUAUUCGAGUCGGACUCAUUAACAACAUUAAAGAUGGACAAUUUUGCUCCUCUAGUCUACGCUCCUGACGUGGUUGUUCCCGGCGUUUCAAGGAACGACGCAUUGCUAUGUUUACCGAAUUCACUUUCACCGGAUCUUGUGAGAGGUAAAGUGGUACUAUGUUUGAGAGGUUACGGUUCAGGUUCAACAAUUGGUAAAGGUAUUGAGGUAAAGCGAGCCGGAGGAGUUGGUAUGAUUUUAGCAAAUGCUCGGGAUAACGAUGCAUUCGACGUUGAGUCUCAUUUCGUACCAACUGUUUUGGUUUUCUCAUCCACGGUCGAUAGGAUUCUCGACUACAUCUACAAUACUUAUGAACCGGUUGCUUUCAUUAAACCGGCAGAAACCGUACUUUACCGAAACCAACCGGAAGAUUCAGUUUACCUAUACAAACCGGCUCCUUUUAUGACUAGUUUUUCUAGUAGAGGCCCAAAUUGGGUAGAUGCUAACAUUCUAAAGGUAAACUCUUUUGUUCUUGUGACUUCAAAUAUUUUUUUUCAACUCAACACAACCCUUUUUGUUGGUUUUUUACAGCCGGAUAUUAUUGCGCCAGGACUUAAUAUAUUAGCCGCGUGGAGUGGGGCGGAUUCAGCGAGCAAAGAUUCGAGAGACCGACGAGUUUUAGGUUAUAAUCUCGACUCAGGAACUUCUAUGUCUUGUCCUCAUGUUGCUGGUGCAAUUGCCCUUCUCAAAAGCAUGCACCCUUCAUGGAGUAGUGCUGCUAUAAGAUCUGCCCUCAUGACCACUGCUUCGAUGACCAACGAGGACAAUGAACCAAUCCAAGACUAUGAUGGUUCACCCGCAAACCCAUUUGCGCUUGGGUCAGGACAUUUUAGUCCAACAAAAGCUGCAUCUCCCGGUUUAGUCUACGAUGCAUCAUACCAAUCUUACCUUCUAUACUGUUGUUCGGUUGGUUUAACCAAUCUUGACCCGACAUUCAAAUGUCCAAGUAGAAUUCCUCCCGGUUAUAACCUAAAUUACCCGUCAAUCUCAAUUCCAUAUCUCACUGGAACAGUGGCCGUUACGAGGACGGUCACAUGUGUUGGACGACCGGGUAAUUCAACAAGCGUAUAUGUCUUCAACGCUCAACCGCCGUAUGGUGUCAUUGUUAAGGCUGAACCAAAUGUUUUGGUCUUUGAUCGGAUUGGUCAGAAGAAGCGGUUUAACAUCAUUUUUACGACACAGGGAUACGGGUUUACAGGUGAGGCUCGGAGGGAUCGAUAUCGGUUUGGAUGGUUUAGUUGGACCGAUGGACUUCAUGUUGUGAGGAGUCCAAUUUCUGUUUCCUUAGUUUGAUUCUUUCUUCUUUGGGUGGUUUUAGUAUUUUCGAAUUUUACUAGAGUGUGAUCACUGAUCAGUCGUUUCUAAUCAUUAUUUGGGUAACUGAAAGAAAGAAAUAAAACUCUGAAUCAUUAUCUAGCUCUCGUGUUAUAUUUUGAAUACAAAUGUACAUUUUAUUU